UAACCGUCCCGCAUCGGAAACGUCCUUCCUUGCACUGCGCGUGCAGAGCGCGCGAGGAACACAGUGGAAGUUUGUUUUUGUUUAUUUGUUUUUGUUUAUUUGUUUUUGUUUGCUCGGCGGUCUCGCGCCAAAGAGUAAAGAGUCACGCGCUAAAUUCGAAGGAUUCAAACCCGGCGCGCGCGCUGCUAGCUUCGGAUGCUGACAUUGUGAACGUCCUUUAUUAUUCGUGAGAAAGAAAGAAAGAUAGAAAGAAGGAAGGAAAGAAAGAGAGAGAAGGAAUAGAAUGAAUAAAUCCGUAUCUGUCUGUCCAGGGUUCCAGUUGUCCUCGUUAGUCUUCCGUUAAACACUGUCAGAUUUAUUAGCAUCAGAACUUCUGCUACAGAAUGUUAGCCGUUGCUAAGCUACGAAGCUAAACUUCGACCGACUCCGAGUCGGUUCACAUACCUAAAAAGGGCGUGUUAGCUUAGCAUUUUAGCUAACCGGCUCACAGGGAACUAGGAAGGAAGUAGUUUCGGUUAAACAGAACGAUUAAGCAGCAGGAGGAGGUUUUGUUUCUAAAGAUGCUGCGUGACACUCGGGUCGGUUUGUAAACACACGACUCCAUCAUGGCAUCACAAGUGGACCGGACUUUAAGGAUGAACGUGAUGGAGGUCACAGUGAUGGUGGUGGUGGUGGUGAUGGUGGUGAUCUCAGGGACUCCUGUGCUCGCCAGUUCCCCACAGAAAGCACACAACAACCAGGGCAACGUUUCAUCAGGACCUCAGGACAAAGCUUUCCCCGUGUUGGCUUUCGAUUAUGAACACGUUCACUAUCCUUUCGUUAUAUUCCUGUGGAUCCUGCUGGCUUCCCUGAUGAAAUUAGGAUUUCACUUGAUCCCGCGGUUGUCCUCGAUUGUACCAGAGAGCUGUCUGUUGAUUGUGGUGGGCCUUUUAGUGGGUGGGCUCAUCAGACUCCUGGGUGAGAAACCCCCUGUACUCGGUUCCGAGCUCUUCUUCUUGUGUCUCCUUCCUCCUAUCAUCUUGGAUGCCGGUUACUUCUUACCCAUAAGGCCCUUUAUGGAGAACCUGGGCACCAUCCUCAUGUUCGCUGUGGUGGGCACUCUGUGGAACUCCUUUUUCAUCGGCAGCCUGCUGUUUGGCGUGUGUCAGAUCGAGGGCACUAACCUGGCCACGGUCACUCUGUUGCCCUGCCUGCUGUUCGGCGCCAUCAUCUCCGCCGUGGAUCCCGUAGCCGUCCUGGCCGUGUUCGAAGAGAUUCACAUCAACGAGCUCCUGCACAUCCUUGUGUUCGGAGAGUCGCUGCUUAACGAUGCCGUCACAGUGGUUCUGUAUCACCUGUUUGAGGAGUACUCAUCCAGGAGCUCUGUAAACGUAGGAGACGUCCUUCUGGGCGUAGUGUCUUUCCUGGUGGUGUCUCUGGGUGGCAUAUUGAUAGGAGCUAUCUACGGAUUACUGACAGCCUUCACCUCGCGCUUCACCUCACACACUCGCGUUAUCGAGCCACUUUUUGUCUUCGUCUAUAGCUACCUGGCGUACCUGUCAGCUGAGGUGUUCCACCUGUCCGGCAUCAUGGCACUGAUUGCAUGCGGCGCUGUAAUGCGACCCUACGUGGAGGCCAACAUAUCCCACAAGUCCCAUACCACCAUCAAGUACUUCUUAAAGAUGUUGAGCAGCGUGAGCGAGACGCUCAUCUUCAUCUUUCUCGGGGUUUCCACGGUGGCCGGGUCUCACAAGUGGAACUGGACGUUUGUCACAGUGACCGUAAUCCUGUGCAUGGUGGCUCGUGUUCUUGGAGUCAUCAGUUUGACCUUCGUGAUCAACAAAUUCCGCAUAGUAAAGCUCACCACCAAGGACCAGUUCAUCAUAGCGUACGGCGGCCUGCGCGGAGCGAUCGCUUUCUCCCUGGUCUACUUGCUCAAAGAGGAACACUUCCCUAUGAAAAACAUGUUUCUCACAGCGGUCAUCACGGUUAUCUUCUUCACCGUCUUCGUGCAGGGUAUGACCAUUCGUCCUCUGGUGGACCUGCUAGCCGUCAAGAAGAAGCAGGAAACCAAGCGAUCCAUCAAUGAGGAGAUCCACACCCAGUUUUUGGACCACCUGCUGACAGGUAUCGAGGACAUCUGCGGACACUACGGACAUCAUCAUUGGAAGGACAAGCUGAACCGCUUCAACAAGAAGUACGUGAAGAAGUGCCUGAUAGCAGGCGAGCGCUCCAAAGAGCCCCAGCUCAUCGCCUUCUAUCACAAGAUGGAGAUGAAGCAGGCCAUCGAGCUGGUGGAGAGCGGAGGAGGAGUCAAACUGCCGUCCGCCAUGCCGUCCACCGUGUCCAUGCAGAAUAUCCAGCCUAAGAAAGCUCCAGAGAGAAUGCUGCCUCAGCUCUCCAAAGGCCAAGAGGAGGAGAUCCAGAAGAUUCUACGCACCAACCUGCAGAGGACACGGCAGAGAUUGCAGUCCUAUAACAGACACACGCUUUUGGCCGAUCCGUUCGAGGACGGCUUUAAGGAGAUCAUGAUCAAAAGGAAGAGGAUGAAGGAUUUAGAGAAGAAGCUUACUCAGAUGAAUAAUUACCUCACCGUUCCAGCUGCACCUCCCGAUUCUCCCACCAUCGGCAGAUCAAGACUGAUUUCCGACCCUCAAACCUGGAGCACGAAGCCUACAUCGACCAACAAAGAUCUCCCGUCAAUCAAAGUGGAUUUGGCUUCACCUCAAAGCCCAGACUCGGUCAACGAGGUGAACGAGUUCAGCAAGACGACGGAACAAGACCCAACUGAAGAAGAGGACGGGCUGGUGAUGCUGAGAAAGAAAGAGGACCGGACUGGAGAGAAGGGAGAGCAAGAAGACACGAAAGAUCCUCGACUCCUCCGCUGCCUGAGUGACCCCGGACCUGCCGUCAACGAGGACGAGGAGGACCAGCCCUUCCUCCAAUGAGAGGAAAAGAUGCAUGUAACCUGCUAUCAGCAGUCACACUAACUUUCUGACAGGUGGCUAAGGGGCUUGAGAAUUUCUUUAAACACGGCACUGUUUACGAACAGAAUUUCAUUAUUUUUUCUUUUUUUUUCUUUCUUUAGCUUGGGGCUUGUGUUGGGUUGAGGUUUACUGAACUUUAAGCCAAAAUGAUGAUGAAACAAAAUACAAGUUAAUGAACCAAAAAAAAAAAACACUGAAGGUGGUGGGGGUGGGGGGGAGCAGAAAGAAAAAUAGCCAUCAUUUUCUAGCUUUGUCUUUCUUGUCAGAGGAACAUGAGGGGGUUGAACUAUGCAUUACCAAAGUUUCACACUGAUGUAGUCCACAACUAGAGUUCAUUUUUUUAUUUUUUUUUUUAUUUUAAUCAUUAAUGAAUUUAUUGCUUAUGGAACAGGAAAUUGUCACCUAAUGCAUUGAAUCUUAACAUAGGACUUUUUUGUUUUUCAGGAGCAAUAUGAAACUAAGGGCACACAAUGGCCUUUUCACUUCUAAAUCAGUCACCUGGUCCAAUCCCAGCUCUGACUUUAGAGUGUAUUUGCCUGUACGUUUGUGUUUCGUCUUUCGUCACUGUGUAAAUACUACAGCAGGUAGUAUUUGGUGCAUCAGAUAAUUGAAUGCUUAGAUACUUUAGAUAAUAACUCGCUGCAUGAAACCUAGCGAAAGGAAAAUACGGAUAUGUUUUUUUUUUUAUAGGAAACGCACUGUAACUGCAGAGAGAUUGAUGAUAUAUUUACUUCGUUUUAUUCCAGGGGGUUUGACAUUUAUGGGUUUUUUUGGUUCAUGCAUUCUGUAUUCUGUGCUAUUACUUUAUGAAAUACUUGACUUUUUUUUUUUUAAACCUCAUUCCUUUCAAAUGCACUUCAGCGCCUUUAAUAAU